AUGAAUGUACAGCUGAGAGACGUGACCGUCACGGCCAGAGACGGUGCUGUGACACACGUGGAACAGGUUUUCGUGAGAGGGUCUCAGGUGAGGUUUUUCUCGGUGCCGGAAAUGUUGAAGAACGCCCCUAUGUUCAAUCCAAACCACGUGAAGCCUCCUCCACCCAUCAGAAACCUGAGGAGGAGGUGA